CCGUCCCUCUCCUCCCCCCUGUAUCACACUCUGAGCCCCGUGGGGAAGGAGCUCUCCCCCGUAGCUGAGAGGACUCCCACGUUCCUCCCUCACCUGGCCACUCAAAGCCGCAGCCUCCGCCACUCCCCCCUCAGCCCACAGUCCUCGGUGGACAGUGACCUCGGCACGUCAGAGGCGGAGGACGACUCCAUCAACCUCGGCUACAAGCUUCAGGACCUGACAGACGUUCAGGUCAUGGCCCGGCUUCAGGAGGAGAGUCUAAGGCAGGACUACGCCACCACGUCAACUGUCCUGGCCAACCGCCGCAGCCAGAGCUUCACCUUCCAGCUCAGCGCCGGCCCCGGCCUGGAGGAGGAAGACGAGGAGGACGACGAAGACUACGGGCUGCUGCCGCCGCCGCAGCCGCGCCUCACCCGCCUCCCGCACUCCCACACGUUCUCCAGCAUCCGAGACUGGCGAAGAAGCACCACCUCCCUGUGCACCCCUCCUUCCACCCCCUCCACACCGCCGUACCCUUCCGCUGGCUUCGCCUUCCAAGCUCAGCCCCCCGCCCAGCCGCAGGGGCUGGGGGGCCUCUGUGGAGCCGAGCAGCCGGGCUUCAGACCAGGAUCAGAUAAAUUGCGGAGGAGCAUGCCUAAUCUAGUCAGAGCUCCCAGCCUUCCCAGUGUGCCCAUUCCCAGUGCUUCAUUUGCUUCACAUGCUUUGCUUCGUAACAGCCAGAGUUUUGACUCGUCCAGCGGACUGUCACGCCUGCAGUCCUCCAUCUCGCCUCCAGGCCAGCUUCAGCACAGGGUCCAGAGCGUGGGGAACUUCACUUCGUUGUCGCGGCAGCCGCUAAAGGCCACCGCCUACGUCAGCCCCACCAUCAAGGGCUCCAGCUCCACCAGCCUGCAGUCCCUGAAUGGCAGCAGCAACAGCGGGAUCCCCCUCUUUAGUAAAGCUGCGGCCGCAGGCUCCGYCUCCACCCUGACCACGACUCGCAGCAGCCUGCCACGCCCUGCCUCCUUCGUGGGCACCGCAAGCUCCGCCCCCCGCAGCAAGCUCGCUCCACCGGCACGAAGUUUACUGACCCCUCCGAAGAGCUUGUCCACCUUCAGCGCCCUCCGAGACGGUGCCUGGAGAGACGGCUGCUAC